AUGCACUCUUGCGGCAAAGUGCGACGAACCAGUGACUUCAAGUUCUUCACUGAAUUUCAGUCCCAUGAAGCCGAGUUCGACUACCUCAAAAGCCUGGAAAUAGAGGAGAAAAUCAACGCAAUAAAAUGGUGCCCAAGAGUCAACGACGCGCUCUUCCUUCUGGCUACGAACGAUAAAACAGUAAAAUUGUGGAAGGUCCGCGAGAAGCAAAUGAAGAAAGUCACGACCACCAUGCCGAAUUCGGUCAGGGAAGGGAUCGGACGACGCAAAGGAGCAUUGACAUUACCACAAGUGUCCGUAGCUGGCACGGCGGUCGCGACAAGCCUUCGUAGAGUGUUCGCGAAUGCGCAUACAUACCACGUGAACUCGGUAGACCCGAACAGUGAUGGAGAGCACUUCAUUUCUGCAGACGACCUGCGGAUAAACAUGUGGAACCUGGAAAUCACCGAUAGGAGCUUCAACAUCCUAGAUAUGAAGCCCAAGAGUAUGGAGGAGCUUACGGAGGUCAUCACGGCGGCGACGUUUCACCCGUCACACUGUAACGUGUUUUUGUAUAGCAGCAGUCGUGGGUGCAUCAAGAUGGGCGACAUGAGAGCAUCCGCUCUGUGUGACAAGCAUGCAAAAGCACUGAACACUCGGAUAGCUUAA